UAAAACAAAAAAAGAAGGAGUCCUUCAAUUUCAAGUUGAUCCCAGCUUCCAACAGAUAUGGCUGCUACAAAAUUGAUCAACACCAAAGAACCAGUGUGUGUAACUGGUGCCAACGGUUUCAUCGGCUCAUGGGUAAUCAAGACCCUUUUAGACCAAGGCUACACCACAGUGCACGCUUCCAUUUUCCCGGGCUCUGACCCAUCUCACCUCUUUUCACUUCCUGGUGCCGCCGGCGACCGGUUGGUGGUGCACGAGGCCGAUCUUUUGGAUGCUGAAGCAAUGCGCAAAGCCAUUGAGGGAUGUGCCGGCGGGGGUGUUUUCCACGUGGCAUCUCCAUGCACACUUGAGGACCCGGUGGACCCGCAAAAGGAGCUGGUGGACCCGGCUGUCAAGGGUACUUUGAACGUACUGGCGGCGGCCAAAAUGUACAACGUGAGGAGGGUGGUGCUUACAUCGUCGAUUUCGGCUAUGGUGCCUAAUCCGGGAUGGCCCCGGAACAAGGUUUUUGAUGAGUCUUCUUGGACUGAUCUUGACUACUGCAUUGCUCGUCAGAAAUGGUACCCCGUGUCAAAGACACUAGCUGAAAAAGCUGCAUGGGAAUUUGCAGAGAUGAACAAAUUGGAUGUAGUUGCAAUCCUCCCAGGAGCAUGUCUUGGCCAACUUCUGCAACCUUGUUUAAAUGCAAGCUGUGCUGUUUUGCAGCAGCUGCUUCAGGGAUCAAAAGAUACACUGGAGUACCAUUGGCUGGGGGUUGUGCAUGUCAAGGAUGUGGCGAAGGCACAAACACUACUUUUUCAAACUCCUAAUGCUUCUGGGAGAUAUCUUUGCACUAAUGGUAUCUACCAGUUCAGUGAUUUUGCAGAUAGAGUCUCAAGACUUUUUCCUCAGUUUCCUAUUCACAGGUUCGAUGGUGAGACAGAUCCAGGUUUGGUGGCUUGCAAAGAUGCUGCAAGGAGAUUGAUCAAUCUUGGGAUUGUUUUUACACCCGUGGAAGAUGCUGUUCGGGAUACAGUGGAUAGCCUUAAAGCAAAAGGCUUCCUGGGACAGGAAAAUUGAUCAUCUUUACGUCUUUUUCCCGCUAAAACUUACAGCAUAUGCCAUCAUUCUUCUUUAAUUUUUGAAACUGUAAUAAAGUCAAUGAGCUGUUUUUCUUUUUGUUUAGCGAUGUAAUUAGUAUCCUUUACAGUUGUAUCGGUAUUAGGACCACCACAUAUUACACUGAACCAACUUGAUUGUUAAAGAUGCAAUAUAUUUACAGAGAAAUGAGUAGGCAGCCUUUUUUUUUUU